CCCGAGCGAGGUUCCUUUCCUCUCGAUCACGACGGCGAAUGCAAGCACAUCAUGGCAUCGUACCUCAGAUGCAUCAAAUCCCACCGCGGGACAAACGACCCCGAAUGUCGCAAUCUAUCCAAAUCUUACCUUUCCUGCCGAAUGGAGCGGAACCUCAUGGCCCCUGACUCAUUCAAGAAUCUGGGCUUCGGAGACGAC